GAGGCCUGGCAGAAGGGCCGCGGCAUCUCGCUCGCGGGGGGCGUGGCCUGGGGCACCGCGGGCUCGGAGGUGGCGGCCGUGGCCUCGAGGAGCGAGGAGGCGCCGCGCGUGGUGGACCUCGCCACUUGCAGCUGCAGCUGCCCCAAGAGGUGGCCGCUGUGCUCGCACGUCUACGCGGCGGUGCACGCCGCGGACUGCCAGCGGCUGCGCGGGCGGGUGGCGCUGCUCUGCCUGCUGCGGGAGCGCUCGCGCGGGCGGCCGCCGUGCGGGCGCGACGGCGGGGGCCGGCGGCGGCAGAGGGAGCUCGCGGGCGAGGUGGCCCAGCAGGCGCUGGCGGAGCUGGGCCAGUCCGGGGCGCCCGAGGCCGCCGUGGCCUGCUGGGCGCUCGACGCGUUCACCCGCUUCCGGCGGCGCGCCGGCGGCCUCAGCGGCGCCCCUCGGGUGCCCAAGGACGCCCCGGGGGCGGGGAGCGGCGCGCCGGCGCAGCGCCGCUGGCUCGAGCUCUGGGGGCCGCUGCCGGGCACGGGGCGCCUCGGGGGCACG